CACCUUCAAUGUGAAAAUACAGCUCGAUCUACGAGGUUUUAUUGUGUAUUUUGAUGGCCAAUAUAAAUGUUCCUAUGCCCAAGUGUCCUUCAGAUAACAGAUAAUAAAUGUGAUCACUUACGAAACACACCCUUUGCCACCUUUUGCUUUUAAAAACAAACUGUCAAAAGUGACGACGUGACGUUAUCUGUGAUAAGAAGUUUAUCUCUUUCGUGUCGCGCCACGAAGUUCGUUACAAUCAGUGAAUUGUUCUCAAGAGUACUGAUUUGUUCGGUGAAUUCGAUUUUUAAACACAAGAUAAAGAACAUCACGAUGUCGAAGCGGACAGUCCUAAACGAGAACUACAAGGGCCUGGUGGAGAACUUCUCCAUUCCCGCGGAGGUGCACGAGAGGGACGGCAAGAAGUACGCCAGUUUCGGCGAAGUCGUGCCGAUACACUGCUGCACGCCGGAAGAGGUGGCGGCGCGCGAGAAGACGACGCAUCACUACUGCGACAUCUUCACGGAGCGCGCGCUCGCGCCGCUCGGCGAGCUCGCCUACGUGCGGCUCGACGACAACACCGCCGAGAAGGUGUUCAUAAACCGCAGCAAGCGCCUGCUGGUGGUGUCGCACGACGGUGCGCUGGCGCAGUGGCGCGCGGCGCCGAGCUUCGAGUCCGCCAACGUGUUCGUGGCGGGCACGCCCAUCGUCAACAAGGACGGGGAGCUGGUGUCCGUCGUCACCGCCAAGCGGGGGAACCAUUACGCCGUGUCUAAUUUUGAGGGCGAAGGCGGCUACUUCGCAACCACGAAUCCCUGGACCAUCAUCAACACGCCAGAGGGCGCCAGCAUCUACGGCGACAGGAGCUUCAACACUCGCGCGGAGGUGCGGGAGUACAUCGCGUCCCUCCCUCCGCCGGAGCUGUCCGAGCUCCUCCCUCCCAAGCCGGUGCUACACACGGGUCACUCCUGGAGGCUGGCACUCGUGACGCACAAUGGAGUUCAGCUCGCACACUUCUACCUUCACGGCGUUAUAGUCAAUAAUAUAGAGUAUUUGUAAAUAUAGUCCUUAUUGCAGGUUAAUGACGUCAUUUACAUUUGUAAGUUUUGGGAUUUUAAAAUUGAUUAAUUAUCCUUCACAUGAUUUAUAGCCGGAUUAAACAUAAAACUAUGACAAACAGCUUGAUUUAUACAAGUGUCAUUUUGAAUUUGUAGGGGCCUUCAUAAUGUUAUCUCUAGUUAAUGUACAAAACAGUUAUGGUAUAUAGUUACUCUUUUGAUUAUCAUUUAUUUGGGAGCUCAGCUAUUGUAUGUCAUCGGUCUAUAUUAUCGAAAUUUUGCAUUUACUUAGAUAUCGUGAGACAGACUCUCAGAGAUGUUUUCUUGAAUCCGUUUCCCCUUGUUAAAUAGAAGGUGUAAAUAUAUUUACAUCAUUCGUUUUAUAUUUUAUA